AUGUCACUACAGGAGAUUGUUGAUCAUGGCAGGAGAUUGAAUACGUUUUCUAUAUUUGUUACAGAUUUACAGAGAAGUAAGAGUGGUAGUAGUAGUAAUAGUAGUAGUGGUAGUGGUGGUAGUAGUAUUAGUGGUAGUGGUAGUAGUAUGUUAUUUGCUUCUUGUUGUGUAGGAGAAAGACUUAUACUGGAGUACAAGAGCAGAAUCAAUAUGAAAUAUCCCGAUGCUGUUAUCCUUUUUCUGACUUUUACAAGUCUUUUCAUAGUUAAGCCUGGGACUAGUGAAACAACAUCAUCAACAACGACAACACCAUCCUCAACACAAUCAUCUACCGCUACUUCCACAGGAACUUCUACAACACAAACAACGGUGAAUUCAGAACCUACUUCAACUUCAGCCACAAUAUCAACAUCCACAUCAGUUGUAACACAAACUUCAACAUCAGCUGCAACAUUAACUUCAACUUCAACAUCGGCUGCAACUGCAACAUCAACACCAGUUAUAACAGCAACAUCAACACCAACUCCAACAUCAGAUUCAACACUGACUUCAACACCAGCUUCAACAUUAACAUCAGUUCCAAUAUCAGCUUCAACUCCAACAUCAGAUUCAACAUCAACUCCAACACCAGCUUCAACAGCAACAUCAACACCAGCUGCAACAUCAACUCCAACAUCAGUUUCAACAGCAACAACACCAGCUGCAACACCAACUCCAACAUCAGCUUCAACAGCAACAACAACACCAGCUGCAACAUCAACUCCAACAUCAACUGCAAUAUCAACUGCAGGAACAACUCAAACAUCAACUUUAACAUCAGCUCCAAAUUCGUCAUCUCCCGUGGCAUCUGUAGAACCUGUGACAAGUCAAAUAACCGAAUCAUUGAAUUCAACAGCAACAGGCAACACGACAGAUAAUACAACAACUACAUUGCAGCCACCCUUAAAUGAGGCUGUGGUUUCUGAAGUUGACGAAAGCACUAUCGCUGUUGCCGCCGUGGUGGCAAUCAUUGUUUGCCUCGUUCUGAUGGUUGUAGCAGCUGUUGUGGGACAUUUCGAAAACAAAUUGUUGGGAUUUUCAAUAAAAAGAAAAUUAUCUAUGUUUGUCAAUAAUGGGGAAUCAGUUGACCUAACCUUAUCCGAGCAAUACACAGCAUUUUAG